CCAGUUGUACCAGGCUGUUGUCAGGCUCAGAGACGGAUCUGAUGACUGAGCUGAAGUUUACUUUACCGCCGCCAAUGUCAACGAUGGUGGCACACACCGGUCUUCUCCUCUGUUCCCUCCUGCUGAUCGUCUCUGCAACAGAAAAAAACGAGUUUACGAUCACUUGCCAAACGUCAACGGACUGCGUGCUCCCCUGUCGGUUCCAGUCUGACGGCAAAGGUGCGAGGAUCAUGUGGUACAAAAAGAAAGCCGUGGUGAGCUGCACGCGCUACGGCAACACCAGCUUCGUUGUCGGCCACAACUCGCCGGCCGAUAAGUACAGAGGGAGGACGGGGCUGUUCGCUGACCAAGUCCUGGAGGGAAACGCGACGCUCCUGCUGAAGAACGUCACUCCGCACGACGAGGGGAGAUACUACUGCAUCACAAUGACCGCACCUCGCACUGAUGAAUCUGGAAUCAUCGCACUGGUCAUAGAAGGUCCUGUGCGAGAGGUAGACGUGGAGUUGAGUGGAAAGGUGGUCAUCUGUGCAGCUGAAGGCAUCUACCCAGCUCCUACACUCACCUGGUCUACAGAUCCCCCAACUGAUGUUCAACUCCUCAAGAGCAAAACGAACACGCACAAAAACAAACUGGGAAUCUACGAUAUUCACAGUUCCCUGAAGCUAACGACAAACAUCAGAGGUCAUACUUACAUCUGCAGUGUAGCCAAUGACGUCAACAACAAAACAGUUUUUCUGAAACAUGAAGACUCAGUUGUUGCACCUGGAUAUGGCAGGGUGACGAUUUUCUGCAGUUUGCCUUACACCGCUCUUCAGAGCUAUAACCUCACGUGGAUAUUCGGACGUUCGGAGGCAAUUGCAUUGAUGAGAGUCGUGGAUGAGAAUUCACAGGUGGAGAUCCAGGACCAGUGGAGGCAUUAUGUCGCUGGCAACGUCUCGUUUUUGGACGGCCUGCAGCUGCAGAGCCUGACACCAGAGCACAAGGGAAACUACACGUGUGUGGUCAGCACACCCGAUAAGACGUACAUCACCUGGACCAACGUCACGAUCAUUGAAGAGCCAAUCCAGUACAUGUACAUCUUCAUCAUCAUUGGACUGAUAAUGGCGUUGGGUCUCUCGUACGUAGGUUUCGGAUGUAAAAUCAGAAAAUUAAAAAGAGCGAGAGAAGAAAGCACUGAGGCAAUCAUGGAGAAUUUAAGAACCGCGCAAGACAACGACAUUUGGGCCACCAAUGUUGCCGAUGCCGCCGAUGCCACCGGUGCCGCAGACACUGCUGAUGCCGAAAACGCCAGAGAAGAAGGAGAUGAGUGAAAAUAAACAAAAACCCUUUUUUGAUUGAAAAAAGAAUCAGAAAUUAGUCAUU